AUGGGCUGCCUUGAAAAAGGAAGUGACCCUAAGCCAAUGGAAAUCACAGAAGAAGAGGGAUGCAAAGCAUUUGCAGAAAAUCUAAAUAGAAAUGGAGCUUUUGAUCAGGCAAGUCAUGGCCCAAACUUCAAACACAUUGAAAGGUACAAAGUGCCAGCUGAGGAAGAAAUCAGGUGCCGGGGGCCGAGCCCCGCCGGCGAGGCGGGCCCUGUGGACACGCCCUCGCGGGGAGUCCUCGCUGCCCCGCAGGAGGAAGCGCCAGAGCCGCGGCUGGUGCUGCGCGGAGCCGGGCUCCGCUCCCGUCCUGCUCCAGGGCCGCCGCCGGGCCCGCUCCGGCCCCGGGCCCCGAGCGCAGCGAGCCGGGCACGGAGGACCGUGGCCGGCGGCAUGGCAGCCUCAGGGAUGCUGGGAGGAUGCGACAUCCUCAUCGUUUACAGCCGAGAUGCUGAGGAGUGGUGCCAGUACCUCCAGGACCUUUUCCUUUCCAGUCGGCAGGUCCGCGGUCAGAAGACGCUGACUUAUAGGCUGAGCCCCAAGACGUCCUUCUCCGCCGAGGACCUGAGCUUCUUUCUCCAUGUGCGCUGCAUUGUGGUGCUGCUAUCUGUGGAGCUGGUGCAGUGCUUCUGCCAGCCGAGCUUGCUGCCCCUGCUGCAGAGAGCCUUUCAUCCUCCACACCGCGUGGUGCGGCUGCUCUGCGGGGUACAGGACAGCGAGGAGUUCCUGGACUUCUUUCCAGACUGGGCCCACUGGCAGGAGCUCACCUGUGACGAUGAGCCUGAGACUUAUGUAGCAGCUGUGAAGAAGGCCAUUUCUGAAGAUUCUGGCUGCGACUCAGUCACUGACACCGAGACUGAGGACGAGAAGGUCCUUCCCUACUCAAAGCAGCAGAGCCUGCCGCCGCCGGAGACUCCGCCUGGGAACCUGAUGGUGGUGCAGCCAGAGCGCAUCCGCUGUGGGGCAGAAACCACUGUCUAUGUCAUCGUGAGAUGUAAGUUGGAUGAGAAGGUGACAACAGAAGCCGAAUUUUCUCGUGAGGAUUCUCCCUCGAUAAGGGUGGAAGCCAAGCUGGAGAAUGAGUACACUGUUUCCGUGAAAGCUCCCAACCUUUCAUCUGGGAAUGCUUCUCUGAAGAUAUAUUCCGGGGACUUAGUGGUAUGUGACACCAUUAUCAGCUAUUAUACUGACAUGGAGGAAAUUGGGAAUUUAUUGUCCAAUGCUGCAAAUCCUGUGGAGUUCAUGUGUCAGGCCUUCAAAAUUGUGCCCUACAACACAGAGACCCUUGAUAAACUGCUAACGGAGUCCCUGAAGAACAAUAUUCCUGCGAGUGGGCUGCACCUCUUUGGAAUCAACCAGCUGGAAGAAGAAGACAUGAUGACAAAUCAAAGGGAUGAAGAGCUGCCCACUUUGUUGCACUUUGCUGCCAAGUACGGACUAAAGAACCUCACUGCCUUGUUGCUCACCUGCCCCGGAGCCCUACAGGCCUACAGUGUCGCCAACAAGCACGGCCACUAUCCUAACACCAUCGCCGAGAAGCACGGCUUCCGGGACCUGCGGCAGUUCAUCGACGAGUAUGUGGAAACUGUGGACAUGCUGAAGAGUCACAUUAAAGAAGAGCUGAUGCAAGGGGAGGAGGCUGACUCUGUAUAUGAGUCCAUGGCCCACCUGUCCACAGACCUGCUCAUGAAAUGCUCCCUCAACCCCGGCUGUGACGAGGAGCUAUACGAGUCCAUGGCGGCCUUGGUCCCAGCUGCCACCGAGGACCUGUAUGUUGAGAUGCUUCAGGCCAGUACAUCUAAUCCAAUCCCCAGGGAUGCUUUCUCUCGGACUACUAAGGACUCUAUGAUUCGCAAGUUUUUAGAAGGCAACAGCAUGGGAAUGUCCAGUUUGGAGAAAGACCAUCUUGGUCAGGAAGAAGAUGUAUAUCACACAGUGGAUGAUGAUGAGGCCUUUUCAGUGGACUUGACCAACAGGCCCCCUGUCCCAGUGCCCAGACCAGAGGCCAGCGCAUCUGCCACUCACCAGCUAUCUGACAAUGAAUCAUACAUUUCUAAAGGCAAGUUUUUUGCAGAAAAAAGUCAAGAGAGGCCUGGGAAUUUCUAUGUUACCUCAGAGAGCAUCAAGAAAGAGCCACCUGUCAGACCGUGGAGGGACAGGCCUCAGUCGAGCAUAUAUGAUCCCUUUGCUGGGAUGAAAACACCAGGCCAGCGGCAACUCAUUACCCUCCAGGAGCAGGUGAAGCUGGGCAUCGUCAAUGUGGAUGAGGCCGUGCUGCACUUCAAAGAGUGGCAGCUCAACCAGAAGAGGCGGUCAGAGUCCUUCCGCUUCCAGCAGGAAAAUCUUAAACGACUAAGAGAGAGCAUCACCCGAAGACAGAGAGAAAAGCAAAAAUCAGGAAAGCAGACAGACUUGGAGAUCACAGUCCCAAUUCGGCACUCACAGCACCUGCCUGGGAAAGUGGAGUAUGGAGUCUAUGAGAGUGGCCCCAGGAAAAGCAUCUUUCCCCCAAGGACAGAGCUAAGACGAGGAGACUGGAAAACAGACAGUACCUCCAGCACAGCAAGCAGCGCGAGUAACCGGUCCAGCACCCGGAGCCUCCUCAGUGUGAGCAGCGGGAUGGAGGGGGACAACGAGGAUAAUGAAGCUCCCGAGGUUACCAGGAGUCGUAGUCCAGGCCCCUCACAAGUGGACAGCAUGCCCACCGUGCCCCUUGAGAGGCCCCCCAGGGUGCCACCCCGAGCCGCCUCACAGAGGCCUCCGACCAGGGAGACCUUCCAUCCUCCUCCACCUGUUCCACCCAGAGGUCGCUGA